AAAGCCAUCUCCAGCCAUCUGUUUCUAAACGCGAAGGCAGCGGAGGGCCGUUGAGGCGUACGGUCGCAUCUAUGGGGACGCUACCCGUCUGAUAGCGAUGAGAGGCCGUUGCGGGCAGCGAACAGCUGCGUUAAAAAUUAUGGUGUGGCCAACGUCACCGAAGGCGUAAAUGGUGACCAAAGUCAUUGUAAGGUUCUUGAAGAAGAGGAUUGUGCUUGCUGUCAUCUUCUGUGUGUCGCUUCUGUAUUGCUUAUCGUCGCUCUUAACCGAGGACUCGGUUGGUGUCGAAACGAACGAAACACUUGGAAAGAUUUCUCUGCCACCGAGCUCCUUCAAAUGGCAUCUUGAUAAAGAAAAGAGCAACUCGAGUGCCCCCGUUACUUGCAGAAAUUCGGUACAAGGAAAAGUCCUCGUAGCAGAUGACCGAGGUUACGUCUGCCAAAGGUCAGAGGUUGCAUCAAAUGGCUGUUGCAUUGCUGAAGCUGCCAGCACACGACGUUACUGCUGCGAUACGUGCCAAUCCAAUGGUUGCUGCAGCAUCUACGAGUACUGCAUCUCUUGCUGCAUGCAUCCACAAAAGAUCACAAUACUGCAGAAGAUCCUAGGGAAGGCAUCGGACACAUUCAAAAUGUUGGUGGCAUCCAUCACCGACCAUUUUGAGCUUUGCCUCACAAAGUGCAGGACGUCAUCCGAUAGUGUUCAUCAUGAGAACUCGUAUCGUGAUCCCAAGGCGAAGCAUUGCUACGCCGACGAGCCACCAGGUCGGCAAGUGGCGACACGAAGCCAGCUGAUGAAGGAGUGACUGAUUGGCUGGUGACUUUCUGCAGCCUUGCAAUUCCUGACUGCGGGCAGUCUGUGCAGCUUGCUAGCAAAGCAUAUAUUUUCUGGUCUUGUAGCAACUGGCUGGACUUCAUUGCAUUCUUGAUGUGACAAACCUGAUGGGGAAGCACAAGUGAUAGUUUGGCAUGGUGCUUGUGUGGAAGGUUGGUGUGCCUGGUGUGUUGGAAAGGGAUGAUGCAAUCAACGUGUAACAGCAGUGGACAGGUUGCACUAGCAGUUAUGUGCACUAGCUGGUUUGGCCUCACUACCAUUAUUACUUGCUUGUUGUAGCUGUUUACAGCGCAGUUCUUUGACCUGGCAAACUAGAGAAACAUAAGGCUUGCAGUACAUUUUUCACACAUUCAGUUCAGCCUUCCCUUGUUGCGAUAGGAAGGUUGGUUUUGUUAGUUCAGCUGUGUGUUCCAAAACGGUUGCCUGUUGCCUUUGCAGUUUGUGUGAUCCACUCUGUGUGCACCCCUAAAGGAAGGUAUGAGAACUGCACUUUGAGGUGUUGAUUUUGAAGUAGUAUUUCUUAAUCAUACUGGUAAUGAAAGAAGGGGCUCCUUGGCAAAUACAGCGCACUAGUUUUCAAAGGGCCACGUGGUUGUUUGUAGUUGUGUCGGCUGUGUUUGCAGCAGUUGUUGAGGCCUUGUUGCUGCUUGUUACUCCGAUGGCACAUACCUGAGACCCUUGUCCAAGUUAUUGAACUGUGCAAAACAACACGAGGACAUGUUGUAGUCGUCAUUACCAAUGUUCACUUUGCCAGUGAUACAGCAGACAAACUGAUUGGUUAAAGGCUCAUCAAAUAGCAUGUUUUAGCAUUGAGGUUUCACUCCAUAAGCCCUCUCAUCCUUAACAAUGCAACGAAAACUUCUGUUAGCCAUUUGUCAUGUACGGCUCUUAUCAUGAUCAGCAAAGAAAAAGAUGUUAAAUAUCCAAAUACGCAGUGUGUAAGUCCACAUGUUGGACGAAUUACCUGCUACAAUUGGAAAGAUUGCAGUUUUUCUUAGCUUUGAACUUGUUCCAUAUUUCAGAUUUGCGCAGCAUUUUUUGGUUAAUUUUUCCAGGUCUGCAGUGGCUGUGAGUACGUGAUUAAUUCGGCUUUUCACUGCCAUCGGCCAAUCUUCUGGUUUGUUCAGACGGUAUUGUGGCAGCUCUGUAAGUUCACUGGCCCUAGUUUGAUUGCCAGACCCCAGGACAAAUUUUUAAUAAAUUGGUGAAGUUUGCUUUUUUCAGGAUACACGUGCACUGAUGGAACGCUCAUUAUCGUCAGCUGCUGAGGGAUUAUUUUAACUAGAUUUCGAUUGACAGGCCUGGGCUUGUCGGCCGUAAAAUGAGAGAUGUAUUUUAACACACAACAUGCUGAUCCUAAUGGCCUAAUGUACAGGCGCAACAUACAGUGAUGGUAGUGUUAAAAUUUGGGCGAAUUGGUAACUGUCACUGUGUGCAUGUUGCUUAAUUCCUUAGUAUGUGUGUGCUGUGAACAUCAUCGAAAUGAACACUGAUGACUAGGACUCAUUCACAGGACAGGUUAAGCAGAGGUUAUGGCAUUAGAGCUUCUAGAUACAAGUGUCCUUGCUCAUGCUUUGUUGGAGGUGGCCACCAGUAGUCAUCAGUGUGGCAACGCUUGCUUCAUAUAUGGGCCUCGCAUGCUUCACAUUCUGUCUUGCUUUUGUAGAAUAGACAUUCUGUCAGGCCUUGAAUUGUAAAAUGGGUGCACUGCUUGUCUUCAGUGAAUUCUAUGUACUAUAAUGGCAAUUCCUUGUGGGCUUUGUGUGACUCAAGAACUGUCUUCUUUAAAGGGUAGGCCAUUAUGCAAAAAAAAGGUGAGGCAUGCAGACAGGACACAAGAGUAGAGAAGUGGACAACGCGAACGCCGACUAUCAUCUGAAGGGAGCACUGAGGCGAAAAAAUAAAGAAGACACAAAACUCAUCUGCGCAAGCUCAGGAAUGCCACGUGUCAGUCGGGUACAUGUGCCGGUCUACGUGAGAGAUAACUGUUAAGGCACUUAAUCUCUUCCUUAUGUAAAGUAAUCGAAGGCUGACUCACGCACGCACUUCCACCAUUAUAGAUAUGCCAUGCCUCUAUCACAAGAUGCAUAUCUUCAUUCUUAUGCCUGUACACAGGCAUAAGAAUGAAGAUACGCAUCUUAUGGUAGAGGCAUGGCAUAUCUAUAAUGGUGGAAGUGCGUGCGUGAGUCAGCCUUCGAUUACUUUACAUAAGGAAGAGAUUAAGUGCCUUAACAGUUAUCUCUCACGUAGACCGGCACAUGUACACGACUGACACGUGGCAUUCCUGAGCUUGUGCAGAUGAGUUUUGUCUUUUCUUUUUUCGCCUCAGUGUUCCCAGUUGAUAGUCGACGUUCGUGUUGUCCACAUCUCUACUCUUGUGUCCUGUCUGUACGCCUCACCUCUUUUUUGCAUAAUGAAUUCUUACCAGCUAGCUCAGCUUUCUGUCGUUGUAGGGUAGGCCACUUUUGUUGUUUUUCAGUUAUAGAAGUAUUCAUUAAAUUGGCACAAUUUGUAGGUCUUUCAUUGGCCUAUGUUGGUUGAAUUUUGUGUACAUAAUGUUUAUUUCAUGUUGUGUAAACUCCUGUACAGCCUACUAUGAUAGUCAUGUACUUAUGUUCCAAGCUUCUGUCGGGAUGCCGCCCAUGCAUUCUCCUUUUUAUGGUAAUCUUGAACUAGAGUGGAACCUACACUAUCUGCCCUGGUGCCAAAGACUCGGCAGACAACGCUCUGACCCGGAGGGAGGCUUGGUUUCCCACGUUUACACCCCUUUUUGUUUUUUGGCUCAUGUCUGGUGUAGUUUAUGCUCCAGUGCUAGAUUCUUGUAAAAUGGAGUGUAGCAGACGGGUGUUUAUUAUGCAGGCCACACACCACCCUCUUUGUAGUUUCAAAAUUUCUGAUAAAAUUUAGUGCCUACAUGUAUCCGGUGCUCUCGUAAAAACGUUUUGAAGGAAGUAAGUGAUGAAUUUGCUUGAUGAACUAUGACCUUCGCAGAAGUGGACUUGAAUGCCCUGUACACAAUUGUAAUGUGUACAUUUGCUGGCAUUUUGUGUUGGGAUUUGUAUGUUUUGUAUUGUGAAUAUUGUAGUCAGCUGCCUUUAUGCCUGUAUAUAGCGGCCUGUCUUCGUAUUUUGGAGGGAAAGGGUCUCAAUAUCAAUUUAAAAAAUAAAGAUGUUUACACUGUCA